AUGGAUGUUGUCCUUGUCACCCCGUCGGAUUCAAAUUUCCCUUACUGUGAUUUCUACAUCGCGCUUCAUGAUUACUUGGAUAUUGGCAAUAUGGAAAUCAAAGCCAUCGCACCUGCUCCAGAAGCACGAUUCUCCUCUCCUGUCAUUAUUAUAUGCUCGUCUCCGAGGUCUGCCCACUCGCUAUUUCUAGCAGCUCAACAACGAGGAGAUGCAGAGGUGCUAGAGUUUAUUUCUCAGCUUUGUGGGCCCAGAAAGCUAGCAAAUUCCCUCGAAGUCUGCCUAAAACGCCAGAACCGCCGCAUCUCUGGACUCAAGGUCCCAGGAAGCCCGAUGGCUUCAUCCCUUGAUAAACUCAAGAGGCAGAUUUCUCCCACUCUCAAUACAGGACCUAAAACCUCUUCGGGUCUUUGGAGUACGAGUGCAUCAAAGUCAAUCAACCAAAGCCAGGGCCAGGGCCACACGGAACCACCUAAGCAAGUCAUGUCUCCACUAGCAGAUGAAGAUUAUUUUUCACUUGUAUCCCCUGGCAUCCCCCCCUCACCGGAAGUAGGCGGUUCACCUGCACAUGACAGCAACGCUCAGGUCACACAUACGCUGCAGCCACAGGUCCUUUUCACAGUCCUCCUUGUCGAUGACAAUCACAUCAAUAUAUCGUUACUGGUUGCCUUCAUGAAAAAGUUAGGGCUUGAAUACAUCAUUGCGCAAAACGGCCAAGAGGCACUCGACAGGUUCAAGGAAUCAUAUUCUAAUAUUCGCAUCAUAUUGAUGGAUAUCUCCAUGCCGGUCAUGGACGGUCUCGAAUCCUCACGGCAAAUUCGCGCAUUUGAAAGGUCUUUGAAAUUGCCUGCUCGUGUGCCCAUUAUUGCCUUGACUGGUGUUGCCCAGGCUGAGCUCCAACGUGACGCAAUAGGCUCGGGCAUGAACUUGUUCCUAACGAAACCUGUACGAUUGGAUAAAAUUGCGAGUGUUAUAGAGGGUCAAACGGGAAUCAACAUGGCCUCCUUGAAGGCUGGAAGAAAAAUGUCGAAGGGCGGUCAAUCAAACGGCGACACCAAAGACUCAUAA